UAACAAUGAAGGAAGCGUAUAACAAAAAAGACCGCUCUGGUUUGAAUUUCGAAUUAUCCUUCCGUUGUAAAGUCGAAAAAGGAAUCUUACAUUAAUUCGAAUUUCAUUAUAUUAUUAUAUAACCCAUCCAUCUACACUCUCAUUCCUCCCUUCAUUUCACUUUAAGAACCGUCUGAGAGAAGAAGAAAAGUUUUAGAGAGAGAGAGAUGGAUAAGGAAGUUAUAGCAGUUUCGGCCAUGGACGCUUUCGAGAAGCUCGAGAAAGUCGGCGAAGGCACUUACGGGAAGGUUUACAGAGCCAGAGAGAAAGCCACGGGAAAGAUCGUCGCUCUCAAGAAGACGCGUCUCCACGAGGACGAAGAAGGCGUUCCUUCCACCACUCUCCGCGAGAUCUCCAUCUUACGCAUGCUCGCUCGCGAUCCUCACAUCGUCAGGUUGAUGGACGUUAAGCAAGGACUGAGCAAAGACGGCAAAACUGUGCUCUACCUGGUGUUCGAGUACAUGGACACUGACGUCAAGAAGUACAUCAGAAGUUUCCGUCAAACCGGAGACAACAUUCCUCCCCAAAUCGUCAAGAGCUUAAUGUACCAACUCUGCAAAGGAAUGGCAUUCUGCCAUGGCCACGGUGUGCUGCACAGAGAUCUUAAGCCUCACAAUCUCUUGAUGGAUCCCAAGACGAUGAGGCUCAAGAUUGCAGAUCUUGGUUUAGCCAGAGCCUUCACUCUCCCUAUGAAGAAGUAUACUCAUGAGAUAUUGACUCUAUGGUAUAGAGCUCCAGAAGUUCUUCUUGGUGCCACUCAUUACUCUACAGCUGUGGAUAUGUGGUCUGUUGGCUGCGUUUUUGCUGAGCUUGUGACCAACCAAGCGAUCUUUGCUGGAGACUCUGAGCUCCAACAGCUUCUCCAUAUUUUCAGGUUGCUGGGGACACCCAAUGAAGAAAUGUGGCCAGGUGUGAGCACGCUCAAGAACUGGCACGAGUAUCCACAGUGGAAGCCGUUGUCUCUCUCCACAUCUGUUCCAAAACUCGAUCAGGCUGGACUUGAUCUUCUCUCUAAAAUGCUGCAGUAUGAGCCAGCUAAACGGAUCUCAGCAAAGAUGGCUAUGGAGCAUCCUUACUUCGAUGAUCUGCAGGACAAGUCCUCUCUCUGAGGAGGAUUUUGAUCUUUGAGUUAGUGCUUCUUUCAAGCAUAUCUCUAGUGUGCUUCUUUGAUUGUGUUUCUUUCUGUUCCCAAGUUUGUAUCUAAGACUUUAUUAGCUUCCAACGUUUUUAAGAAAACUUAUCUAUUCUAUAAUGAUAAAUGAUCCAAUGAUCUAAGAUG